AUGCCGUCCAAACAUAAACAUUCGAGAUUAUUAGAGGAAACCGAGGAGGUGGACGAGGAAGUGGAGGAAACUGAAGAGCCAGAGUUGAAAAAGAGGAGCAGUAAAGAACCAGAUAGAGGCGAGAAGACUCGGAAGAAGGACAAAUGUUCAGAGCGCUCCGACAACAGGGGAUCUGAGAAAGACGAGAAGGGUGAAAAACACAAGAAGAAGAAAAAGGUCGAGAUUGAGGAGGAAGACGGUGAGCAGAACAACAACACGAACGCCAAAGAGGAUCUCAGUGAGGGGACCAAGGAGGACAAGAAGAAGAAGAAGAAGAAAAAACCCUCCACGGAGAAUCCGGACGAUGGUGGCCACGAGAAGAAGACCAAAGAUGGCAAGAAGACGAAGCGAUCCCACAAGCAGCGAGAGCAACCCGUGGCGGAGGACGACUCCAAGAAGAAGAAGAAGAAGCCGAAGAAGGGAUCUGGUGAAAGUGAUGAGGAGAAAAAGAAAAAGGGGAAGAAGUCCAAGAACAAGCACAUGGACUAUGCGGCAAUUUAUCAGAGCGAGCUGUUGAACUACCACACGGACUCUUCGGACGGCUACGAGGAUGUCUACUACAAGAAGAAAGUCUACGAGGUGGUCACGAUCACCGGUGACGUGAAGGGAGCCGGGACCGACGCCAACGUGUUCGUUACCCUUUUCGGAGAGUUUGGAGUCACCCCCAAGGUUCACCUGGCCAGCAAAAGCCGGACCGCCUUCGAAAAGAACAAGACGGACGUGUUCCGCGUCAAAACGCACAAUGUGGGGGCGCUCAAGAAGUUAAGGAUCGAGCACGACAACACGGGCAUGAACGCCAGCUGGUUUCUGGACAGGGUGGUGGUGACCGACAUGAGCCGGCCUCACCUGCGCUUCUACUUCGCCUGCAGCAACUGGCUGAGCCGCGAGGAAGGCGACAACUUGUUCGUCAGGGACCUGCUGGGCAGCCUCAACCAGAUGGACGUGCCCAAAUUGAAUAAAUACACGGUGAGCGUGUUCACCGCCGACAUGAAGGGAAGCGGAACCGACGCCGACGUCUUCCUCAACAUCUUCGGCGAGCACGGCGACACAGGGGAGCGGCGGCUGGACAGCGACAAGAACAACUUUGAGCGCGGCUCCGAGGACAAGUUCACCAUCGAAGCGCCCAACCUGGGAAGGCUCCGGAAGAUCACCAUCGGCCACAACAACAGAGGCUCAUCUGCUGGAUGGUUCCUGGAUAAGGUCGCCAUUGAUGACAUCGGGAACAAGGAAGUGUACGAGUUCCCGGUCAACCGCUGGUUCGCGAUGGACGAAGACGACGGCAAAAUCCAGAGAGACGUGCUGGUCGGCUCACUGCGACCGAUGGGAAUCGUGUACAACGUUCAAGUGAUGACCGGGGACGUGCGGGGCGCGGGGACCAACUCCAAAAUCCACAUGGUCCUGCACGGCUCCAAGGGCUUCAAGAACAGCGGCAAAAUCUUCCUGGAGGGCGGUGCCUUCGAGCGCGGCCUCAUCGACAUCUUCAACGUGGAGAUCUGCGAGCUGAUCAGCCCGCUCGGCAGGGUCACCGUCGGCCACGACAACGCGGCCGUGGGCGCCGGCUGGUACUGCGAGAAGGUGGUCAUCUACUGCCCGUUCACAGGGGUGGAGCAAACUUUUCCGUGCGGGAUGUGGCUGGACGAGGACGAGGGCGACGGACUCAUCGAGAGGGAACUCUACGAGAUGGUUUCUCUCCGGCAGAGGAAACAGAAGAAGUACCCGUGGUCCUUGUGGAUCUGGACCUCGGACGUGAAGGGCGCGGGGACCGACGCCCAGGUUUUCCUGCAGAUCUACGGCGAGAAGGGCAAAUCGGAUGAGAUUAAGCUGGAAAACAACUCGGACAGUUUUGAACAGGGCCGCCUCGACAAAUUCAUGAUUGAAAUGCCGGACAUCGGGCGACUCCUGAAACUGCGCAUCUGGCACGAGAAGCGGCAUCCGUUUGCCGGCUGGCACUUGGGCAGGAUCAGUUUACUGAAGACUCUGACAAUGGAGAAAUACGCCUUCGAAUGCGGCCGCUGGCUGGACGUCAACGAGGACGACAACGAGAUUGUGAGAGAGCUUCCCGCAACCGGAGACCUCUGCUCUCGGUUUUUGUUUUCUGGCUUAGCCAGGAAGUAUCGGAUCACCAUCUGCACGGGCAACGUCAGCGGCGGCGGCACCGACGCCAGCGUCUUCCUCAACGUCAUCGGCGACCUGGGCGACACCGGGGAGAGACUCAUGAUCACGAGUAAAAACAACGUCAACAAAUUCGAAAAGGGAAACCACGACGAGUUUCUCAUUGAAGCCGUGUCUUUGGGCCGCGUCCACCGGGUGCGAGUCGGGCACGACGGCCGCGGCGGAGGCUGCGGUUGGUUCCUCGAUAAGGUCAUGGUGAGGGAGGAUGGCCAGCCGGAGUCCUUAGCCGUCGAGUUUCCUUGUUACAGGUGGUUGGACCGCAACGAAGAUGACGGGCAGAUCGUCCGAGAGUUGGUGCCAGCCGGAGAAGGCCUGCGUCUCUUCAACGUCAGCUACCACAUCGCGAUCAAGACGGGCAGCGUAAACGGCGCCAGCUCCGAUUCUCGGGUGUUCGUCAAGCUGUACGGCGAGACGGGCGACACCAGCAAGAUAACUCUGGCGGUGUCCGACAACGACCUGAGGAACUACUUCGAGGCCGGUCGCACAGAUGUCUUCACCGUAGAAACCUUCGAUAUCGGAAAGAUCAACCGACUCCUCAUCGGCCACACCAACGAGGGGCUGAGAGCCGGCUGGUUCCUGGACAGCGUUCAGAUCUCGGUGCCGGUCCGGGGAAAGCGCUACAUGUUCCCCUGCCACCGCUGGCUCUGCAAGGACGAGGCGGACGGCAAAGUGGAGGUGGAGAUCUAUCCCAGCGAGAUCCUGGACAUGGAAAAACUGAUCAACUACGAGGUCAGCGUUGUGACCGGAGAUGUGCGCACGGGCGGCACCAACGCCAACGUCUUCUGUCAGAUUUACGGUCAGGGCGGCAAGACGGAAGUUCUGCCCCUGAAGAGCCGCUCCAACAAUUUCGAACGCGGUACCACCGAGAUCUUCAAGAUAGAAGCUCAAGACGUGGGCAAAAUCUACAAGCUGCGGAUCGCCCACGACGGCAAGGGCUUCGGCGACGGCUGGUUCCUGGAGUCGGUGGACAUCAAGCGGCUGACCGCGGCCGCCGUGCGGGUGGCGGUGAAGCGGGAGGACGUCAAGAAGAAGAAGAGGAAGAAGAAAGACGAAGAGGAGGAGGUGGAGACGGCGGAGGAGCUGCGGGAGGUGGUGGAGACGUUCAGCUUCCCUUGCAGCCGCUGGCUGGCCAGGGACGAAGAGGACGGCGAGCUCGUGGUUGAGCUCCUGACCGACGACGACGAAGACCUGGAGGUGAACUCUUACGAGGUGCACGUGUUCACCGGGCGUAUGUGGGGGGCCGGGACCGACGCCAACGUUUACAUCAACGUCUACGGCCAAAAUGGCGACACGGGCGAGCGGCGCUUCAGGAAGUCCAACAACCUCAAUAAAUUUGAGAGAGGCCAGGAGGACGUGUUUAGCAUCGCGGCCGCGGACCUGGGGCCGCUGAGCAAGCUGAGGAUCCGACACGACAACGGCCGGCCCGGGGCGGGCUGGUUCCUGGACCGGGUGGAGAUCGUGGACAAGGACGACACAACGUACUUCUUCCCGUGCAAGCGAUGGCUGGCGGUGGACGAAGACGACGGGCAGCUGGCCCGGGAGCUGGUGCCCGUGGACGAGGCCUUCAUGAAGAGGGGCGACGACGAGGACGGCGACGGCGACGAGGACGAGGCCACGCUGGGCCUGGAGCAGAAAGCCAUGUCUACCACGUACGCGGUGAGGAUAAAAACCGGCGAAAAGAAGUACGCUGGGACGGACGCCAAUGUCUUUAUGAUCCUGUACGGCACCAAGGACGACACAGGGAUCAUUAACCUGAAGGCCUCCAAGACGCACAAGAACAAGUUUGAGCGGGGCAUGACCGACGAGUUCACCGUGGAGGCGGUUGACAUCGGGCCGUUGAAGAAGUUACGCAUCGGACACGACAAUCGGGGCGGCUCGGCGGGCUGGUUCCUGGACUGGGUGGAGAUCGACGCUCCUUCGCUGGGGCAGAAACUCCGCUUCCCGUGCGGCCGCUGGCUGGACAAAGGCGAGGACGACGGCGCCAUCUCCAGGGAUCUUUUUCCCAACCCUCUCCAAACCGAAUUUUACACGCCAUUUGUCCCUUACGAGAUCAAAAUCUUCACCAGCGACGUUUUCGGAGCGGGCACCGACGCGGACGUCUUUGUGGUCCUGUACGGGAGAGACGGCGUGUGCACGCAACAGAAGCGACUGUGCGUCAACAAGAGGGAGAGGAUGAUGUACUUCGAGAGGGGAGCCGAGGACAUGUUCAUUGUCGAGCUGGAGGACGUCGGCGAGGUCAUCGAGAAGAUCCGCAUCGGACACGACAAUCGCGGCGUCAACCCGGGCUGGCACCUGGACCGGGUCGAGAUCCGACGUCUGCUGAAGAAGGGAAAGGGCUCGGAGACGGCCAUCUUCCCGUGCGAACGCUGGCUCGCCAAGUCGGAGGACGACGGCGAGACGGUGAGGGAGCUGGUGCCCUCCGACAUCAUCACCGAAAAGCUGCUGCGGGACGGCAGCCUGAAGAUCACCGAGGUGGAGGUGGAGGACGCUCUGGAGACGCACACUUACAAGGUGUCGGUGGUGACCGGCGACGUGUACGGGGCGGGCACGGACGCCAAUGUGUUCCUCACCAUCUACGGCGACUUGGGAGACACCGGCGAGAGGAAGCUCAGGAAGUCGGAGAACAACAGCAACAAAUUCGAGCGAGGAUCCGUGGACAAGUUUACCAUAGAGGCCGUGGACCUGGGGGAGGUGUUCAAGAUCAAGAUACGCCACGAUAACACCAUGAUGAGCGCCGACUGGUACCUCGACCAGGUGGAGGUUCUCGACGUGGACACCGAGGAGGUCUUCCUUUUCUUGUGCGAACGAUGGCUGUCGAGGAAGAGAGAAGACCGCCGGAUCCAGAGAGUUUUCUACGUCAAGGGCUACGAGGGCACCCGAGAGAGUCUGAAUAUCAAAAAGAAGUCGAACCCAAAGACCGUAGACAACAACAUGAACAAAAAGAGCAAAAAUAAGGAUGAAGAGGAACUCCCAGAGAUCCCAUAUCACGUCACGCUGUGCACCGGGCUGGAGCGGGACGCCGGCACCGCCAGCAGGGCCUACGUGAUCAUCAUCGGCGCCGAUCACACCCGCACCGACAGACUGUGGCUGGAUCUGUCGGACGGGAGAACGGGCUUCCGGGCCGGAUCUCUGGAGAGCUUCGAGUGCCGCGGCUCCGACGUGUGGGAGAUCAAAAAGGUUGAGCUCGGCCAUGAUGGUGCCACUCCUGAGAGCUGCUGGCUAGUAGAUGAGCUCUCUGUUGCCGUGCCAACAAAAGGGGUCAAAUAUAUUUUUGCUUGCAAGUGCUGGCUGGCCAAAGAUCGCGGCGACGGGCUGACCUCAAGAGUUUUCAACGUGCUGGAUGCAGAUGCCAUUUCUAUCUCCCAGAAGGUCAUUUAUGAGGUGACUGUGGUCACGGGCGACGUACAGAACGCGGGAACAGACACCGAGAUCUUCAUGACGGUGUUCGGCGCCAACGGCAGCACCGAAGAAAUGUUGCUGCAGAAGAACGAGGAUAGGUUUGAGCGCGGUCAGGAGGACACCUUCAGCAUGGAGAUCGACGACAUUGCCCCACUCCGGAAGAUGAGGCUCCGCAUCGACGGCUCAGGCAGCAGACCUGAUUGGUUCCUUGAUUCGGUGAUCAUGCGCAACCUGACCACGGAGGAGGUGUCCACGUUCACCUAUGAGGAGUGGCUGUCCAGGACACGUGGACCCCAAAGGACCACGAUUUGCGAGAUGGCUGCAGUGGUGGAUGAGGAACCGAUGGUGGAGCUCACCACCUACGUGAUCCACGUCAAGACUGGAGACGUCGCAGGGGCCGGUACCGACGCCAAUGUUUGGGUCAUCAUUUUCGGUGAGAACGGCGACACGGGCACCCUGGCACUGAAAGAGUGCAACAGGUCCAACAAGUUUGAGCGCAAGCAGGUAGACACCUUCCGAUUCACGGACAUCCUGAGCCUGGGCGACCUCUCCAAAGUCCGAGUGUGGCACGACAACACAGGUCUCGCUCCAGGGUGGCACCUGGACUACAUUGAUGUGAAGGAUGAGCUCAUUGACAAGACUUUCCGCUUCCCCUGCGACCGCUGGCUCGCCAAAAAUGACGGCGACGGACAGAUCAUGAGAGAGCUGGCCUGCGCCAAUAACGAAGACCUGGAUUUGGACGAGAAAACCAAGUACGAAAUUUGCGUCACCACUGGAGACACGGCGGAGGCUGAAACCAAAGACAACGCUUGGAUCGUGUUGGAAGGGAGGAAAGGUCGAUCAAAGGAGUUCUUAAUGGAGAACUCUUCGAAGAAGAGGAGGUUUUUGCGAGGAAACGUUGACAGGUUCGAGUUUUCAUCCAAGAACCUGGGCGACAUCGUCAGCAUCUGCGUGGGCCACACGUCCAGGGAUGGAAAGAAAGUCAAGACCGAGCUUCACUGGCACGUGGAGGAGGUGGUGGUCACUGAAAGAGAACUGGGCAACAAGUACAUGUUCCACUGCGACGCUCUGGUCCCGCUAUCGGCAAAGAGGGACGAAUUCCUGACCUUUGAAUGUUCCAAGGCCAUUGAGAGCUUCGCCAGCAAAGCUCGCAGCCUGGUGCCAGUCAAGUACGAAGUCAUCGUCAUCACGGGCGACGAGAAAGGAGCGGGCACGGACGCCAACGUCUCCAUCACGGUCUUCGGUUCCAACGGCGACUCGGGUCGCCGGCGGCUGCGGCAGAAGUUCCGCAACCUGUUUGAGCGCGGGCAGACGGACCGCUUCGUGCUGGAGAUGCUGGACAUGGGCGAGUUGCAGAAGGUGCGGGUGGAGCACGACAACGCGGGCCUGCAUCCCGGCUGGCUGCUGGACCGCGUGGAGGUCACCAACACGGCCAACGGCGUCACCACCGUUUUCACCUGCGGCAAGUGGCUGGACACCAAGAGGGCUGACGCGCAGAUCGCCAGAGUCCUCUACCCCAAGUACUGA